AUGGAAUCAAAUAAGAAUAAUAGGACUAAGUGGUGUGCAGUUGUAAAAUUAACGACUUUAACAGUUUAUGCGGGUUUGAUAUUAUUCUGUGUGCCAGUUUUAUGUAACAUAGAUUCAUCCCAACCUCUCAUAUACGACUACAUCUACAACAGUACCAACUAUGCCCAACUUGAUCAUAGCAUAAAAUUAGACCCGAAAUUUUACUCUAAGAACAAUAAUAGCCAUAGGACAGACCCCAAAGAAAAUGACGAGUUCAAUAGAAAUAAGUAUGAAAACAAAAAGGACGGUCUGUUGGUGGGAUUCGCGCAUGAUCCCUUCAGAUAUUCGAUACCUGCAGCUGAUUACAUGAGAGGAGUAAGAGCAAUAAACCAAAGUCAAUAUUCUAACAAGGAGCGAGGGAAGCGUGGUGUUCUCCACCUGUACAACAUGUUGACGUGCGCGACUGGAUGUGACCCUAUCAGUUACAAGGGGUACGGCUGCUACUGCGGCUUCCUCGGCUCAGGGAGACCUACUGACGGGAUUGAUAAUUGUUGCCGCCUGCACGACGAAUGCUACGACGACGUCUACUGUCCCGUCAACAGUGUUUACUUACAACCGUACUACUGGAAAUGCUUUAAUAGAGAACCGCACUGUGCUUUAGAAAACUAUCACACUAGAAAUCAAGUUAUAAACGGUUGUGCCGCGAGAUUGUGUGAAUGUGACAGACGGUUUGCUAUGUGCGUUAGAAGGUAUUCUUGUCCUAGAGGCAAGUCCUUCUGUAGGUCUGACCCUCUGAGAUUGAUCCAGAAUAUUUUAAUGUUUAAA